CAUACUGACAGUAUGGCGGCAGGAUACAGCUGGAAGGAUGCUACUGUCGCCCGUGAUGUGUCUUUCGCCAACAGAAUGUGAAUGGAAUAUCGACGGUAAAGGGAAAGGAUACCGCAAUAAAGGCCUGUCUCCGUGAACUCUGAGAUGGCCAGGCUCGCGGACUACUUCGUGGUGGUCGGUUACGACCUCGAUAAGAGAGGGGGCAGUGAGGGGCAAGGUCACAUUCUCCAGCGCUUUCCUGAGAAGGACUGGGAGGACAAUCCCUUUCCACAAGGCAUCGAACUGUUCUGUCAGCCCAACGGAUGGCAGUUAGUUCCAGAGAGGGAGCGUCCGUCGUUCUUCGUGUCGGUUCUGACCGACAUCAACUCAGAGCGUCACUACUGUGCCUGUUUCACGUUCUGGGAGGGCCUGGACAACCCUCAGCUACAGAAGGCUGAGGCCAGUGAGGUGGAUGAGGACGAGGUCCCAGGGCUGGUCCAGCCGGCUCAGGUCUUCGCCCCCAAGAGCCUGGUGCUGGUAUCCCGUCUGGACCACACAGAGGUCUUCAGGAACUGUUUGGGGCUCAUCUACACCGUGCACGUGGACAGCCUCAGCGUUCCCUUGGAAACAGUGAUCGGAAACCUCCUAACCUGCGUCAUCCCCGUUGCUGGUGGUUCUCAGAUAAAUGAAUCCCCAGUAUGUAGUUUAAAUCUUUCGGUUCCUCAGGCCCUAGCCUGUGACUGGCUACUGGGCUGCUUUCAGGACCAGCCGGGCCAGGAAGAGAGAGAGGAGAGCUUGAGGACUAUAACGUUGGGUGCGGGCGAUCGACAGGUCAUCCAGACGCCCAUCAACGACUCCCUCCCUGUCAGCGGCAGCAGCGUAGCCCAUCUCUUUAGACAGCUCGGUAUAGUGAACGUUCUGUAUCUGUUCUGUGCUGCUCUGACGGAACACAAGAUCCUGUUCCUGUCCAGCAGCUACCAGAGACUUACAGACGCCUGCAGAGCACUACUGGCCAUCAUGUUCCCCCUCAAAUACAGUUUUACGUACGUCCCCAUCCUGCCAGGGAAACUCUUGGAGGUGCUGAGCACACCCACGCCUUUCAUCAUCGGGGUCAAUUCUUUCUUCCGUUCCGAGACCCAGGAACUGGUGGGUAGCAUGACCUUGGACGUGAUCAUCGCUGACCUGGACGGAGGCACGGUGACCAUCCCUGAGUGUGUCCACGUCUCCCUGCUCCCCGACCCCCUCCUCCAGCAGACCCAGACCGCCCUCUCCAUGGUGUUGGACCCAGAGCUGGAGAUAGCGGACCAUGCCUUCCCCCCUUCCUCCACACAACCCUCCACACUCAAGGUCCAGGAUAAGGAGAUCCGGGCGGUGUUUCUGUGGCUGUUCGGCCAGCUGUUCCAUGGCUAUCGCUGGUGUUUGCACAUCAUCCGGAUCCAUCCUGAACCAGUCAUCCGCUUCCAUAAGGCUGCGUUCCUGGGCCAGAGGGCUCUGACUGAGGAUGACUUCCUGAUGAAGGUUCUGGACGGUAUGGCGUUCGCUGGGUUCAUAUCGGAGAGAGGGCCGCCUUACAGACCCACAGACCUGUUCGAUGACCUGAUAGCCAAUCAGGUGGAGCGUAUUCGCCAGGAGGAGUGCAGCCCGCACAAAGUCAUGAACCAUAUCAAGGAGCUGGCCGAGCAGCUCUUCAAAAACGAGAACCCGUACCCUGCCGUGGCCAUGCAUAAGGUGCAGCGGCCAGCUGAGAGCCCUGGUCACAAUGACCCCAAGAACUUGGCCAUCUUUCCCCCGCUGGACGAUGUCACGGUCCAGCUCUUCAUCGACCAUGCCGCCGCCAAGCUCAAGACCGCCCCACCCGUGGUCAAGGCCGAGCUCAGGGGCAUGGUGCCCUCAGGACCCCCACUGGGAGACAUCGUGGACAGGCAUGGUCAUGUCCUGGCUAACAGUGCUCGCAGGCUGGAGGUGGUCAGGAACUGCAUUACUUACAUAUUUGACAACAAGAUGCUGGAGGCAAAGAAGCUGAUGCCAGCGGUACUGCGGGCGCUGAAGGGCCGGGCGGCCAGGGUGUGUCUGACCCAGGAGCUCAACCAGCACGUCCUGCAGAACCGAGCUGUGCUGGAUGACCAGCAGUUUGACUACAUCGUCCGCAUGAUGAACUGCACCUUACAGGACUGCUCCCACAUGGAUGAACACGGUAUCGCAGCCGUCCUCCUUCCCCUGGUCACGGCCUUCUGCAGAAAACUAGGCGCGGGCAUCACCCAGUUUGCCUACAGCUGUGUGCAGGAGCACAUGGUGUGGACCAACAUGCAGUUCUGGGAGGCCAUGUUCUACAGUGAUGUCCAGAACCACAUCAGAGCCCUGUAUCUGGAGGUAGACGAGGGGGAGCAGCCCACCCCUUCCCACGGUCAGCAGGAGUCUGGUCCAGCAGCAGGAGGUCAGGAGCUGCUGGGUGCUCUGGAGUUGGCGUCAGAGCAGAGCAGGCUGUGGCCCACGCUCAACAAGGAGCAGCAGAGUGAGCGCGUGCAGAAGGAGGAGAGCACGGUGUUCAGCCAGGCCAUCCACUACGCCAACCGCAUGUCCUACCUGCUACUGCCCCUGGACACCAGCAAGAACCGCCUGCUCAACAGGUCCGGGAUUGGGGACGUGGAGAGUGUUAGCAACAGCUACGUCACCAACAGGUACACCAACAGCAUUGCUGGCAGCAUGGCGGAGAGCUACGACACAGAAAGCGGCUUUGAGGACGCUGAGAGCUCUGACGUGGCCAACUCCGUGGUACGCUUUAUCAAUCGCUUCGUAGACAAAGUGUGUAACGAGAGUGGGGUGACCAACGAGCACCUCAAGGCACUACACACCAUGAUACCAGACAUCGUUCAGAUGCACAUAGAGACGCUGGAUGCAGUCCACAGGGAGAGUAAGCGACUGCCACCGAUCCAAAAGCCCAAGCUUCUGAGGCCCAUUCUUCUUGCGGGGGAGGAGCUGGUGAUGGACGGCAUGCGGGUGCACCUGAUCUCAGACGGCCGGGAGGAGGCCACGGGGGCCAUGGGGGGUCCACCCCUCCUCCCUGCUGAGGGGGCCAUCUUCCUCACCACCUACCGCCUCAUCUUCAAGGGCACGCCCAACGACCCGCUGGUGGGUGAGCAGGUGGUGACUCGGUCGUUCCCCAUCGCCUCCCUGACUAAGGAGAAGAGGAUCUCUGUCAGUCUGUCCAUGGACCAGUUCAUACAGGAGGGUCUGCAGCUACGUUCCUGCACUUUCCAGCUGCUGAAGAUAGCGUUUGAUGAGGAGGUGGCGUCGGACCUGGCCGAGGUGUUCCGGAAGCACAUGCACAAGCUCCGCUACCCCCAGCACGUCCAGGGAACCUUCGCCUUCACCAUGGGCCAGAGUGGCAAGACGUUGGUCGAACACAAGACCAAGGACAAGAACCAGUCAAUAAAAACACUUUCCAAAAACCUGGUGAAGAGCGCCAAGAGGACGAUCGGUCGACAGUAUGUGACCCGGAAGAAAUACUCACCUCCCACCUGGGAGAACAGGAGCAGCCAACAGUCAGAGCUGGACGAGGAUGAGAUCUCAGUCUCAGAGGAGUUGGACCAGGGCUCCCUCACCCUCUCUUCCACCAUCCGCUCCUCGGACAGACAGACCAUGAGCAACGUGGUGGAGCGCGCCUGUUGCCGGGACUACCAGCGGCUAGGACUGGGCACGCUCAGUAACAGCCUGACACGCUCCAAGAAUGAGCCCUUCCGCAUCUCCACCGUCAACCGCAUGUACACCGUCUGCAAGAGUUACCCCGGCCUGUUGAUCGUGCCCCAGAGCAUCCCAGACUCCACCAUCCAGCGCAUCUCCCGCUGCUACAGACAGAACCGUUUCCCUGUGGUGUGCUGGAGGAACUCUCGCACCAAGGCUGUGCUGCUGCGCUCUGCAGGCCUCCAUGCUAAGGGAGUGGUGGGCUUCUUCAAGUCCCCCAAUGCCCCCAGCGCCGGCCCCUCCCAGGCAGACUCGACCAGCCUGGAGCAGGAGAAGUACAUGCAGGCGAUCAUCAGCUCCAUGCCCUCCUACAGUGAGCCCAGCGGCAGGAACACACUCAGCGGCUUCACCUCCACUCACAUGAGUAUCUCAGACUCGUCAGAUAAGCUGAGGCAGCCUAAGAUCGGAGCUCUGAUGAAACAGGUGAUGGGAGGCAAGGAGGACAUACCUGGAACCUUCAGCCGCGGAGCUCUGGGUCAAAGGGCGAGGGUCAUCUCCCUCUCUCAGCCCAGAGUUUCAGGCAAGGCCAGAAACCCCCCUGGAGGGAAGUGGGGCAGUAUCCGGGGCAGUGGGCGUCUGAGUGCCUACAACCCAGAAGUGGGGAACAGGCUGUCCAGUAAGGAGUCUCCCCAGCCCAACGGGGGCCCCAGCGAGGCCCUGUUCCUCAGACAGCAGAGGGCCUACCUCUACAUCAUCGGAGACAAGACACAGCUCAAGGGUGGGAAGCAGGACUCGUUCCAGCAGUGGGAGGUGGUGCCCAUCGAGGUGUGCGACGUGCGGCAGGUGAAGAACAGCUUUAAGAAGCUGAUGAAGGCCUGUGUUCCCAGCUCAGCCACCUCUGAAUCCAGCAUGACCUUCCACCGCUGCCUGGAGGAGUCCGAAUGGAUGUGCCUGCUCCACAGGGUUCUGCAGGUGUCUGUCCUGGUGGUAGAGUUGUUAGAUACAGGCUCGUCAGUCAUGGUCAGUCUGGAGGACGGCUGGGACGUUACUACUCAGGUGGUGUCUCUGGUCCAGCUUCUGUCAGACCCAUACUACCGGACCUUGGAUGGCUUCCGCCUGCUGGUGGAGAAGGAGUGGCUGUCGUUUGGCCACAGGUUCAGUCAUCGCGGUGCCCAGACCCUGGCCAGCCAGAGCAGCGGCUUCACACCUGUCUUCCUUCAGUUUCUCGACUGUGUGCACCAGAUCCACCUUCAGUUCCCCAUGGAGUUUGAGUUCAGUCAGUACUACCUGAAGUUCCUGGCCUACCACUACGUGUCCAACCGCUUCAGAACCUUCCUGCUCGACUCGGACUACGAACGAAUCGAGCUCGGGGUUCUGUACGAGGAGAAGGGGGAGAGGAAGAACCCACAGGUGUGUAAGUCAGUGUGGGAUUACAUUGACCGGCUCAACAAGAAAACACCUAUCUUCUUCAACUACAUGUUCUCACCAGAGGAUGAGGAGGUGCUGCGGCCGUACAGCUUCAUCUCCAACCUGAAGGUGUGGGACUUCUACACAGAGGAGACGCUGUCUGAGGGCCCGUCGUACGACUGGGAGCUGGUGCAGAGGGGCCGGCAGGAGAGGCUGGCUGAGGAGGUGCCUGACAAACCAGACACCACCACCCCCAAGUCCCAGCGACACAUCGUCUGGCCCUGCUACGACAGCCGCAGCAGAGUGGUACCCGACGCCAUCACCAAACUGCUGCAGGACCUGCAGAGUCUGGAGGCCGAGUUGGGGCUGCCACCAGAGAAAUGGAAGGACACUUGGGACAAGAUCAAGGCCAACCAACGGGCCGAGGCCAAGCUGGAGAACAGGCCGUCGUUCAACAGCUCCUUGCUGAUGUCGUCCAACCUGAGUCACCAGCGGCGGUCUCAGGGGGUGUACCUUCCGGAGAGUGGAGUGGGCUCCUCUAUUAACCUUGCCAUGGACUAUGAGGCCAGCACCACCUCCACCCCUGUGGCCGGGCGUCCCAGCACCAGCACCCUUUACAGCCAGUUCCAGAGCACGGAGAGUGAGAACAGGAGUUUUGAGGGCAUCCUGUAUAAGAAAGGUGCGUUGCUGAAGCCAUGGAAACCCCGCUGGUUUGUGCUGGACAAGACCAAACAUCAGCUGAGAUACUAUGAGACCAGGAAGGACAAGGACUGUACGGGGGUGAUUGAGCUGGCGGAGGUGGAGUCUGUCAUUCCAGCCACGCCCACCAUGGGAGCGCCCAAACACAUAGAGGAGAAAGCCUUCUUUGAUCUCAAGACGACCAAAAGAGUAUAUAACUUCUGUGCGCAGGACCGCCCCAACGCACAGCUGUGGAUGGACAGUAUUCAGAGUUGCCUCUCUGACGCCUAGAGUUGCACGGCUCCACCAUAACAGGAACUAUCCAACCAGGAACCAAUGAGCAGUGCUGAGGCACCCGAUGGACAUCUCUGCUGGCCAAUCACAGGAGGUCCUCUCAAGAAGGAGGCGGGAUUGAGACAUAUGAGGGAAGGGUCCUUUCCACAGUUGAGCGCCGUUCAGUGUCUGUAGUAGUGUUGAACUGAUGUCACGUUUUAGUGUUUUUGUUAUAAAAAUGAAAACAAAAGUAAGAGAAGUCCCUGAAUGACCACUCGCUUUUGUCUCACCGUGUUGCUGGCUGCAGCCUCUCACCUUGGUAGUUCUACCACUAUUUGCGCUGGAUGUCUAUGCAAAAUGGAGCUAAAAGAAAAAAGCAUGAUGUAGUUUGUUGUGUGAGCUUGAAGAUGGACAGUUUCUCACCAGACUAAUCUAAAUGGGGCCUCCAGCAUGUACCAGCAUGCAGAUGUAGCCAGACCCUCCCAUCUCCUAAAGACUACAACUCCCAUUCCUCCACACACCUCAACACUCCAGGGAGGAAGUAAUCAGGAACUACAUUAUCCAGCCCAGCCAUGCAGAGGAUCCUGCCUGUAGUCCAUGAAUACAGGAAGUGAAUUGGAAUGUUUCCUUUAACAACAGAACACAGAAUCGGCCACUUUGAAAAGGAUCCAGAACGUGACGACGAACGAAACCGUCCCCAACUGACGCAGGACAGUCGUCAUGGUCACCUGCUAGCUGAUGUUGAAGGCUCCCCAGUUUCCCCCUUUCACUGCCUGAUAUAGCUGAGUCUCACCCCAGUAAGGAGUUGGACACUCACAGAUCCCCUCUCCUCUAAGAUGUUUCUUAUUCCCCAGACACACCGCCAAGGGAGCCCUCUCAACGGUUUAUGAAGGAUUUCAACAGUUUUUUGGUCACUCAAUUGUGUCAGAGAUAUCAGUCCUCCUAGUUAUCACCCCCAGAGCAGUUGAUGGUGAUAUACUGUGAAAGCUGUUAUUAGCCCUCGUGAUCAAACCAGGAGAAUGGCAGUCGGAGAUUAGAUUCUACAUCCGCUGGACAGGGAGUCUGUCUCUGUCUGCAGAACAACAUUCAUGUUUACACAAGAAGCUAUGGGCUGUACUUCCCAAGCUAAAGUUCUUCCUUUAUAUUUCUUAUUAAAAAAUAAAAAAUAAAAACCACUAUUACAGUUAAAUGUUAAGGGAUGCUGAAGGAACAGGAGGGAUAUAUUUUUGUGAAGAUUAAUUUAUGCACAAAAUUAUAAGACAAGUUAAAAGGUGAGAGAUGCAGAUGGGUGGGGCCUGUGGGCAGAGCAGAGGGGAUUAUGGUAUUUAUGACUAGUCUGUUUACAUGGCACAGUGCUGAGACUGGAUCUGACUGCCAUGACAACUAACAUGGCAGACUUCCUGGAUACGACCCCCCUCCCCCUCUGUUUAUAUGGUCAGGUUUAAUGUAGGACAAAUGGAAUUUCAGUUAUACAAGUGCCAGUGGAUUUUAGCAUGUGACAAGUAUUAGACUGUUGGAUUGGAAUGUGUUCUAAACAAGUAAAAACAACCAAUUUUUGUUUUCAGGUAAUACAAUUCUUAACCAGACGGGGGCGUUAGAGGUGGUGUUCAAAGCACUUAAUAAUUCAAAUUCACACAUUAACACAUUCAAAUCAAAUCCCCAACAACAAUAAUUACGCAGCCAAUUAAUUGCAUUGAAAGUCUCAAAAGCAUGUGUCCGAGCAUAAGAUAUCACUCUCUAUGCUAUGUUUACCUACUCAGCCUUUGUUUGGUGGUCUGUGGCACAGCUUGGCUUCUGAAUAACUGCAUUUGUGUGAACAGUAAUACUUCAGCGAGUCCCAACUCUCUCGCGGCUGCUCUUCUGUCUAAACCAGUGUUUUUAGCUAGAGCCCUGUUACAUUCUAUUCUUAAGCCUGUACAUAGGAGUCAAUGUCUGUUGUAGAGAAAUAAUAUGUUUAGCUGGAAUUUGUGAGAUUGCGAUUAAGUCACUUUUUAUUUUUUUUAUGCUACAGAGCAGUAUCAGUUAGCCCUCAUUUUGAGCCCCCAAGUCACAAAAAAAGCCACACUCCUUCUCGUUUAACACACACACAUUGCCGUGUAAAAUAUGAUUAUACUGCUGUCUUGUUGAACAUAAAAUUUGAAUUGUAGAUUGUUUGUGUCUAUUAACUCCUUUUGUAUAUACUACUCAGAUUUGUAUGUAACGUUUAUGGUAGUAAUUUAUUUAACUUUGUCUACUCGAUAAGAAAAGUUCGUCAAGCACCACUUUUAUUUUUUUAAUUAGGAAUCCAAUGUGCCAUUUGUGUAUUUCUGUAUUAACGUGACUAAUGCUACUACUUUUUGGAAAAUGUGUUGUAUAAGUAAACCAUCGUCUUUUUUUUUUUUUUUUUUUUUUUACAUUGUUGUCUUCCCCAAUAUCAACCCCUAAGCAGAGUGGAAAUGGUGUGUUUGUAUGAGCAAGAACUAGCCUCCCUAGUUAUGGUGGGUUUUCUGGAAUGGAGUUAAGGAAUCUCAUUAAGUUGCUUACCUGCACAGGUGGGGUGUUUUUAAAAUGUCACUCACUGACACUGACACACACACACACACACACUUAAAAAGCCCAGCUCACCCCAUUUACUGCAGUCUACUCAUCUCUCCUGAUUUGGGUAGAUUAUAUCCACAACAUUAAUCAGAUCAGUACAAUGUAACCUUUUUAUUAUUUAUUUUUAUGUUUUUCUUUUUUUCUCUAAUUAUACAUUUUCUUCUGAGCCGGGUCUUUGUCAAUCAUGUAAUAUAUUUUUUAGAAUUAAAACAAAAACACUGUGGGUUUAAACGUCA